CCACCCGCCGCUGCGUGAUCCGCACUGGCCUCCUCGAGAGCGAGCUGGCCCCGCCACGACCGCCACCCGCGCUAACCGCUGCCAACCGCCACCGAACCACGGAUGAUGUGCCCAGCACUCACCUCGUGGGGAGCCCCAGUGGAGACGCAGCCCCCGGACCUGCCCCGGCCUCUUCAGCUCCCAUGGGCAGCGAGGACUCAGAGAAGAAAGUUCUCACCACCAAAGUUCUUGGCACUGUCAAAUGGUUCAAUGUCAGAAAUGGAUAUAGAUUUAUAAACCAAAAUGACACCAACGAAGAUGUGUUUGUAUACCAGACUGCCAUCAAGAAGAAUAAUCCACGCAAGUAUCUGCGCAGUGUGGGGGAGGAAGAAAUUGUAGAGUUUGAUUGGUUGCAGGAAAAGGGGGGUCCUAAGGCAACAAAUGUGACUGGCCCAGAUGGAGUUCCAGUAGAAGGGAGCCGCUGUGCUGCUGAUUGUCACCGAUAUGGCAGGCGCUGUGGACUUCCCCAUAAUGUUGGUGAGAUUAGACAGAUUAAAGAUGGAGUUGCCGAGGGAACAGAACUCCUGGUCCAUCGGAAUCCAACCUACCAACUGAGGAUCCAAAGGGGACCCACUCACCCAUACACAAGCCCAUAUCGUUCCCUACAGGUG